AUGGGACUGGCUCUUAAUUGCAACUUGGCUUUUAACUCCAAGUUUGAUAGGAAACAGUAUUUUUAUCCUGAUCUUCCAAAAGGGUAUCAGAUUUCUCAGUUUGAUGUUCCGAUUGCGACUGCGGGUUUUCUUGAUGUUGAUAUUCCUUUGGGGCUUGGUGGGGGGCAUAAGAGGUUUGGCAUUACAAGGGUUCAUAUGGAAGAGGAUGCAGGGAAGCUUAUGCAUUCUGAAAAUGGAAAUUUCUCUCAGGUUGAUCUAAAUAGGGCAGGGGUACCUUUGCUAGAGAUAGUUUCUGAACCUGACAUGAGAAAUGGUAUUGAAGCAUCAGAAUAUGCAUCAGAGUUACAGAGGUUGGUUAGGUAUUUGGGAGUGAGCAAUGGCAAUAUGCAAGAAGGUUCUCUUCGAUGUGAUGUAAAUGUAUCAGUACGACCCAUUGGGCAGUCAAAGUUAGGGACAAAGGUUGAAGUAAAAAAUUUGAACUCAUUUGCGUCAAUGAGCAGAGCUAUUGAUUUUGAAAUCUCAAGGCAGGUACAACUUCAUAGUCAAGGUCAAGAAGAUCAGAUAGUACAGGAAACUCGACUUUGGGAAGAAGGUUCUCAGAGAACAAUUACAAUGAGAAAAAAGGAAGGGCUUGCUGAUUAUCGAUAUUUUCCAGAACCAGACCUUCCAUCAGUAAUCCUUUCCCAAGAAUACGUGAAUGCUAUUCAAAAUUGUUUACCAGAGCUUCCUGAAGAAAAACGUAGGAGAUAUGAAAAGAUAGGAUUAGGCAUGCAAGAUGUUCUUUUCCUAGCUAAUGAUAAAAAUAUUGCAGAGUUUUUUGACGCUACUCUUGCAAAGGGUGCUGAUGCAAAACUGGUUGCCAACUGGAUAAUGAGUGACAUUGCCGCCUUCAUGAAAAAUGAAAAGCUGACCAUAAAUGACAUAAAGCUUACACCUGAAGAGUUGUCCGAGUUGAUAGGUUCCAUUAAAGGUGGAAUCAUCAGUGGCAAGAUUGGGAAGGAGAUACUAUUUGAGCUGUUAGCCAAGGGUGGAAGUGUCAAGGAACUCAUAGAAAAAAAGGAUUUGGUUCAGAUAGCAGAUCCAGUUGAAAUUGAAAAAAUGGUGGACAAAGUGAUUGCAGAGAAUCCGAAACAGGUAGAGCAAUAUCGAGGAGGCAAAACUAAACUUCAGGGUUUUUUUGCGGGCCAGGUAAUGAAGAUAUCUAAAGGCAAGGCAAAUCCAGGUCUACUUAACAAGAUUCUCUUGGAGAAAUUGAAUUAA